AUGUCGUUGCUCCAAAAGAGUCUUUCAUCACUUCAACAACAGCACAAUUCCAUCUCCAAGGUGGCUUCCAGAGGUAUGGCAACCAAGAAGGCUGGUGGUUCCUCCAACAACGGAAGAGACUCGAUUGGAAGGCGUUUAGGUGUCAAGCUUUACCCUGGGCAACAAGCAAAGGCAGGAUCAAUUAUUAUCCGACAAAGGGGUCAAAAAUUCCGGGCUGGCGAAGGUGUUGGAAUGGGAAAAGAUCACACGAUUUUCGCCAAGGUUGCCGGGGUUGUUUCAAUGACCAAAUUGCCAACCAACAAGAAGCGCAAUGUUGUCCAUGUAGUAGGAGCAUAA